UAACAUCCACAAUGUUAUCUCAGAUGUAAUCAACAUAAAACUUGACUGCAUUAUUUUGCAUGCUAAGUUUUCCAAAUCCAGCUUUGUGUCACACCUACAGCACAUCUCACUGGAGCUGGCGACAGCCCCGCCAUCCAGACGUGAAACUGUCACAAGACAGGGCAGGCAGGGCUGUGGAGGAGGCCGGCAGGGGCCAUGAUGGAGUGCCCAUCCUGCACUGUGGUCCCAGCAAGUUUCUUCCUCCUGGCAAGAAGCCUGUCCCAGGCUGGCAGGGGACAGCGUGAGGUGCAGCCUAUGGACUGGGAAAGGGGUGUGGAAGGGCCAUGCCUCAAUCCUAAAAUCCAGGCCCAGAAGUGGCCCAAGUCACUUCUCUGCCUUUAAUCACACAGCCAUACCCAGUGGCAAAGGAGUAUGGGAAAUGGAGUCAGGCUGGGUAGCCACGAACCCAGGAAAAGUGGAGAACAGACUUGGAGAGGGCAGGAGUCUCUGGCCACCAGGGGCUAAAGAGCCUUCAAUGAGGCGGUGAUGUGGUGGGGUCCUGGGCUCCGAUCCAGGGUGGAAUUCACCAUGCUUUUGUCUUUGCAGCCUGAGAACAGUGUUGACUUAGUCAGCAGGGAGCUGUAUGCGCAUUCCAUCAGGAAGCUGCAGGCCCACGUCCUGUUCAUCAAAGCAGUCCACGGAUAUUUUGAUGUGAGAAGAGAGAGUUACUCUGACAAGGAGUCCCUGUCGUUCAUGAUACACACGCUGAAGUCCACCCUCAAAGAGGUAAGGCGGGGCUCAGGCAGCUGGUGUCCGGCCACUGUCACCCACUCUGGUCCCACCUCACCCUGGGCCAGACACAAUUAGGUGACCCAACUGCUAGAGGCAGUCCCACAGUUUUUAUUUUAUGUUUUGAGACAGGGUCUCAUUCUGUUGCUCAGGCUGGAGUG